AUGGAUGAUUUAAACUUAAUGGCUGUUAUUGCAAGACGAAUCUGGUUAAGGCGAAAUAAGCUCAUUUUUGAGUCAUCGUUCUCCCACCCCCAGAUUAUGUAUUCAGAGGCUGUGGCUCACCUUGAAGAGCUGGUGCCCCCUCCUGUUGGUCUUAUCAAAGUCAACUGGGAUGCCUCUAUUAACACCAUAAAGGAGUGGGUUGGCAUUGGUAUUGUGGCAAGAGAUCAUUCUGGAAAUGUCCUUGGAGCAAAGUCCCUUACUAAAAAGGUUGUGGCUACACCAAAGUUAGCGGAGGCUAUGGCAGCUUACAAGGCAGUGAUAUUUUGUAAAGAUGUGGGAUUUUAUGAGAUUAUUUUGGAAGGGGAUGCAAAACAAAUUGUAGAUGACGUGAACUCAAGAUCCCCAAAACAUGACGUUUCUGGUCUUUUUGUGAAAGGUAUAAACAUGGAAAUGCAAGGACUAAGAGGAGUUACUAUCGCUCAUGUCAACAGAGAGGCUAACAAUGUUGCUCAUCUGCUAGCAAAAGAGGCCUCCACAUUAGAGAUGGAUGGUGUUUGGCUUGAAGAGUGUCCUACUUUUAUUUUGAAUGCUGUACUUAGGGAGCCUUUGUCUUCCUAG